AUGCCGUUGCAGCCGCAAGCUGGUUCUUGUCGAGCGGAGGAGGAGCGAGACGGCCGCUCCACGCCGCAGGGAGCGCCAGUUGGCCUGGGAGCGUGUCAGUGCCAGCAAUGUCGUUAUCGGGCCCUGUCCAGCGUGUCGGCAGCGCGCACGAGCGUGUCUGGUGCGGUCGCAACCCUCGUCCUCGCCGUCGAGCACAGGUUGUCCUCCCUCCAAACACUCGCUCGCCUCGAACUGGCUCGCGAGGCUACGAAACUGGUCUGCUUAGUAGCUAGACCGCUCUACACUGCUCCCGCACUCGUCGCGACCGCUCCACGCCCGUCUCGCCCUCCUCGACACCCGAAGCUUUUCUCGCCAGCACGCCGACAACUCAGGGUUUUUGAGCGAGGCAGGCGUGGCAUGGAGGCAGCAAGACGAGCUGAGCAGUCUUGUGCAGAUAGUCUCGCAUGUUCGGCUACAGUGACUUGCUGCGACCGCCAGCGGCUAGAAGCGCUUCGCUGCACUUACUGCACCGCUGCGCUAACAGGUUGCGCUCAUCCUACUGGGCGAGGCGCGACUCGUCUCCAUCGGCGUUGCUUCCGCCCUUCUUCCCCUCGCCUCCAACCGAACUUGCUUCGCUUACUGCGGCCAGACCACGCCAGUUCCUCUCGCUCACCGUUCGCUCAAAGCUUCAUUGCGUCGCAACGGUGCUCGGAACCGCUGUGCGAGCUUUUCCGCCGCUGCUCGACAUGCGAUGCUGCUUCCCCUCCGCUCCACCUGCUCUCCCUCCGUCUCUUCCGCGCUCGUACUCUCGGCGUCUCGACUGACGACGGUACCGCAGACGCAUGCGACAUGAGCGCUUCGAGAGUGGCUACGUAG